AUGAAUGUGGAUUUUUAUGUCUUCCUUGUUGCUGUGGAAUGUCCAUCUUUGGAACUGACCCAGUAUAAAUGGCUGGUGCAAGCUGAUACUGCAGCCUUCUUGUGUCAACAUUUCGUCUUGGACACAUCUAAAUUUAAAAAUAAAUCUUGCACAGAGCCAACUUCUGGUUCCCUCAAUUCACAGACUGAAGAACAUCUAAUCAGCAAAUUCAUUGAACUCCAAAGAGUAAACUUUGGGCCAUAUGAUAAUUACAUUCCAGUCAGUGAAUUAAGCAAAAAAUCAUGGAAUCAGCAACACUUUGCCCUGUUAUUUCCCAAACCACAACGGCCAGGAACCAAAAGGAGAUCAAAACCUUCUCAAAUACGGGACAAUACGGUUCCUAAAGAUAGCAAAAAAGGCAAAAAGGAUUCAAAGAAGGGCAAGGAUUCAGGCACAGAAUUAGAAGCUGUAAAAGCAGAUGAAAAAAAGGAUGAGGACGGAAAAAAAGAUGCAAACAAAGGUGAUGAAUCGAAGGAGGCCAAGAAGGAUUCCAAGAAAGAUGCAAAGGAGAGUAAAAAAGGUAAGAAAGAUAAGAAGCCCAGUAGUACGGACAGUGACUCCAAGGAUGAUGUCAAGAAAGAGUCUAAGAAGGAUGCCAAGAAAGAUGCCAAGAAAGUUACUGACAAAGAAUCUGCUGAGUCCAAGAAGGAUGAAAAGAAAGAUGCAAAGAAGGAUGAAAAGAAAGAUGCAAAGAAGGAUGCAAAGAAAGAUGAAAAGAAGGAUGCAAAGAAGGAUGCAAAGAAGAAGGGCAAGUAG